AAAAAUCGACUUCUCCUUCGUGUUCUUCUUCUACUUUAAUCAACAGCAGAGACAGACCGCUCAAGGCUCAAACCCUAGCGUCUUCAAGGUAAAGCUGAAGCAACUCUUCUUUCUCUUAAGCAUGGCUCAACCAAGAGAUAGACUCAGUAGGCCACAGGACAUUGCGGCAGACUUUGCUCGGCGGCGUUCAAGUAUUCUAGGGAUUCUUCAUGACGAGCCUGAAUCAGAACCAAGCCCAUCUAGAUCUCCGUUGGGCACCACGACAAUGGGUACCAUCCGUGGAGGGCUUGUAAGGGACGGUUUAAGGACUCAAAGGGCCGGAAAUGGGCCUCAAACAGGUAUUUCAGGAACUCCAAUAACAGGAACUGGUCACGCACACUAUGUUCACAGAUCGCAUGUGACAGCGGGAAGAGAGAAUGUGCCGCCAGUGGGAAGUGCUCGCAGAGGAAGGGGUCGUGUUACGAAUAGUGUGUUGCCGUCUUGGUACCCAAGAACCCCUCUUCGUGACAUCACUGCUGUUGUGAGGGCAAUUGAGAGGAGAAGAGCUCGUUUUGUAGAAGUCGAAGGCCAGGAAAUUGAGAGCCUAGGAACUCAGGGUCAAAGGUUUCUCAUUUCUUCUCCAUCCCUGUCAGGUGCUCAACUUGAGCACGGUAUCUCCACAGUGUCUCCAAGUCCACAUGGUGGAAAGAAGUCUUGUCCUCCUGUUGGUAAAUUACCAAAGAUUCUUCGGGACAUCACAAAUGAAGCUGCCAGUGGAUCGGAAUCUCUCACGCCACAGAAAAAGCUUCUGAACUCAAUUGACUCAGUUGAGAAGGUAGUGAUGGAGGAGUUACAGAGGCUGAAAAGGACUCCCAGUGCAAAAAGAGCGGAGAGAGAAAAACGAGUCCGCACAUUGAAAUCAAUGCGUUAAUUGAUCAUCUUCUGAUGAUUGACCUUAUUUUGAACGACAGCAUUGGGAGGACAGGAUAAUUGAAGAUUGGAAGACAGGAUAUUGGACUGCAUUACCUGUGCAGAGAGAUCCAUCAUCUUCCCAUGAUAAUAUCUCACCUGAUCAUUUUCCAUUUCACAUCUUGCUGAAUCUCUCAAGGGAAAUUUUGUUCUUCUGAAGAUUCUGGUGCAGGUACAGUAGGCAUCGUAGUUUACAGUUUCCUUGAUGUAGGGAAAAUAUGUAAAAUCUUGUUUUGUUUCCUUCAUUCUUUGGAGGUUAUUCUUGCUACCUUCAUUCUUUGAAGGUCUUUCUGGUUGCCUUCAUUCUUUGAAGGAGUUCCCGGUGGUCUUCAUUCUUUGAAGGACUUGUAGUAACAAUUGGUGGUCUUUGAACAAUGUACAUAUGAGGCCAGGUUCAGUUUCUGAUGCAUAUCACCUGAAAAUGGUAUUACCCAUGUAUCAGAAUGAAAUUGGAGGACCAAGUUUUUCA